AUGUCGGACUCAUCUGUCAAUGGCGACCUAUUGGCCCCGGCCAGACCCUCGAGCUCUCCCAACUCGAAACGGAAAGCCAGCGACGCCGGCCUGCCUACUACCGGCACCAGGAUCCACAAGAGUGUCAAGAGACGUGCUUCAAAGGCCUGCCAGUCGUGCAGAGCUCGCAAAGUACGAUGCAAUGUCGUUGAGCAGAGUCCCUGUACCAAUUGCAGGCUCGACGAGGUCGAAUGCAUAGUCUCUGAGAGCAAGCGCAAGAAGAAGUGGACAAAAGGAGACGAAGAGGGAAACGCAGCAGGAGAUUGCUCUCCACCUGCUCCUGCCUCGAUACCACAGAAUCUCAGCUUCCAUGACUCACCGGGUCACUUGCCUCAUUCAUUAUAUCAAGACCUUAAUCCUCAAUCCUUCGACUCUGCUCGUCGUCAGAGCCUAGCAAGAUCGAUCUCCAUACCCCAGGAUCCGACGGACAGCAUCUCUCUUUCAGGACUUGAUCCCAUCUCUUUGUUUGGCCUAGAAGCUCGUACUUCAUCUCCCCAUCAGCAACUUCCUGGCUUUAUCAGAACUUUCCCUUCGACCUUCGGCCCGGAUGAUCUGUCGUAUUUGGCAAGGAAGGGCGCCCUCACAAUACCACCGCCCGCCUUGCGCGCUGCUCUAUUACGAUGCUUCGUAGAAAACAUCCACCCAUACAUGCCAUUGCUAGACGUCCACGAGCUCAUCCAUACUGUGGACACCAACGAUUCCACCUCAGCCGUCAGUCUACUAUUGUUCCAGGCAAUCAUGUUCGCAGGUGUCGCUUCGGUAGACAUGGCAUAUCUUCAAACUGCUGGAUACACGAAUAGAAGGGCCGCUAGACGAGAGUUCUUCCAAAAGACUAGGCUUUUAUAUGACUUUGACUACGAAUCCGAUCGUAUCUCUCUGAUCCAAUCGCUACUUCUCAUGACAUUCUGGUAUGAGACACCAGAUGACCAAAAAGAUAGUCACCACUGGAUGGGUAUCGCCGUUUCUCUUUCUCAUACGAUCGGCCUCCACCGCAAUCCGGAACGCUCCAAUAUGGAUCCCAAACAAAGACGCCUUUGGAAACGUAUCUGGUGGGCGACCUAUAUGCGUGACCGUAUGAUUGCCUUGGGAAUGCGUCGUCCGACAAGGAUAAAGAACGAGGAUUUCGACGUACCGAUGCUGACAGUAGACGACUUCGACUUCAACGUGCUGACCAGCCAGUCAUCCUGCAUACCACCCAGCUGCAAGAUCAUGCAAGAUACCACCAUGCAAAGGGACCUGGCCAUCAUGUGUAUCGAAAAGGCAAAGUUGUGCAUCUGUAUCAGUCAUGUCUUGUCGACACAAUACUCGGUCUUGCACAACAAUCAUGGCGUACAGAGUCAUGAGGGAACCACACGCACCACCAUGAUGCUCGUAGCGCGUAAAGACGACCCAGAAAACUGCUCUGUAAAGGCUUGUGACGAGGAGCUUAAACAAUGGAAAGCCUCGAUCGCACCUGAGGCCAAGUACAAGCCUUCUUCAUUAUUCGAUCUUACAGCUGGCAAGGGAACAAUUGCGCUACAUCGCUCCCUUUUGCAUAUGGUCUAUCUGGCUACGCUCUCGGCUCUACACAGACCGCAAGUUCUUCCCUCGACAGCUGCGCCAUCGCGUAAGAUGGCCUCCGAGGUCUUGGACACUUCGCGCAGGACCGUUCGAUUCGCAGCCAACAGACUUACUGCCGUUGCUCAAAACUUGAACGAGCUUGACCUCAUUCGCUGCUUACCCACCUCUGGUAUCACCGUCCUAUUGCCGGCAAUCAUCAUCCAUCUCCUCGAUAUCAAGGCACCAGAUGAGACCACCCGACGCGCCAGUCUCCAAGGCUUCUGCCAGUGCAUGCAAAUUCUCAACAAGCUCCGCGACAUCUACGCAGCCGCAGACUUCUCGACCGCUUUCCUGGAAGCAGCGAUCCGCAAAGCAGAAAUCACACUACCUCCUCCCAAGAUGGGCCCACCACCACGACCCACACACGUGGCCAACAUUUCCCACGUAAUGAAGGCAGCAAGACUGGGCCACGCGAACGUGAGCCGCCUGACACCGCCUCCAGAACUUGCCGCAGCCACCACCAACGACACCAAGUCACGCCAACAGCAAACCGAGCAGAUGGAACCACAAGUCUCAGAAAACGACUUGGCUCAACACCUAAAUAACUUCCUCGCCUCCACACCUCCAGGAUCCGAGCACACCACCGACAGUCAAAUUGACGACACUACAGCAGCUGCGUUCAACAUCCCUGCUCUAGAUGCCGAUUUCGACACCCUGAUCAAUCUAGAUGCAGCUGGAGAGUCGUUUACCUUUGACGAUGGCACUUUCCCCACCAUGCCUGCUUUUGACUCGACGGAUGGUGGGUUCAUGGAUAUGGACUGGAUGAGGCAUAUGAACUGUAAUGAUGAUAUCUCUUUUGGCAUUUAA